AUGAUUUAUAAACGAUCGCCGCGUUUAGCUGUGUUGGUAAUGUUUGUCUGUAUGUGUGUUGGUGCUAGUAAAAUAACAGUGGAUUACGAGAAAGAUCCUGCCGUAAAUAAUUUGAGAAAUUAUCUAAAGAUACGAACUGUUCAUCCAAAUAUCAACUAUGAUGAAUGCCUUACCUAUCUUCGCGGGCAGGCCUCAGAGCUCGGCCUUCCAGUGCAGGUAUACGAGCCAGUGGCCAGGAAGCCCAUCCUGGUGAUGACAUGGGAAGGCACAGAGCCUAAUAUGCCUAGUAUCCUUCUCAACUCACAUAUAGAUGUUGUGCCUGUUUUCGAGAACAGCUGGAAGUACCCUCCCUUCGAUGCUCGUCUUGUCGACGGCGUGAUAUAUGGUCGGGGUGUUCAAGAUAUGAAAUCUGUUGGUAUUCAGUACAUCGAAGCCGUCAGGAGACUCAAAGAAAAGGGAAUCAGGCUCAAGAGGACAAUCCAUUUGAGUUUUGUUCCAGAUGAGGAGAUAGGUGGUAGGAUGGGUAUGGGUGAGUUUGUGAAGACAAAAGACUUUAAGAAGCUGAACGUUGGCUUUGCUCUCGAUGAAGGCAUUGCCAGUGCAACCUCACAUUAUCUCGUCUACAACGGGGAAAAGAGUAUUUGGCACCUAACAAUAAUUUGCCCGGGAAGGUCAGGUCACGGCUCCCUUUUACUUCCGGACAACAACGGCGAGAAGCUCCGCUACAUCAUAGACAAAUUUAUGGACAUGCGUGCAGCAUCUAAAAAGAAAUUAGAAGAUAACCCUUCCCUGACCAUCGGUGACGUCACAACCAUCAACCUUACCAUGCUUAGUGGUGGUAUUCAGAAUAACGUCGUCCCGGAGCAGUUGACUGUCAGUUUUGACAUUCGCAUUGCAUUGACUGACAGUCAACAAGAGUUGGAGGAAAAGGUGAAGCAAUGGUGUAAAGAAGCAGGUGCAGGCGUGACGUAUGAAUUCGAACAGAAGGAUCCAGAAGUUACAGCCACCGCGGUAGACGACACCAACCCUUACUGGCUCGCCUUCAAACAGGCUGCUGAUCAGCUUAAUAUCCCACUUGAGAUUCGUACGUUUCCCGGCGGUACUGACAGUCGGUACAUCCGUGGAGUUGGUAUUCCAGCUCUGGACUUCUCCCCCAUGGUCAAUACCACACCAGGAUUACAUGAGCACAACGAACAUCUACCGGCCAGUACCUUCCUUCGAGGGAUACAACUGUACGAGAAGAUUAUUCCUGCGGUUGCAAACGUAGACUAA